UAAAAUUUGAGCUUCAAUAACUAGUGAAUGUUCGGUGAAGGAUGGCAUUUGCGAACGAUUUUCAUGAUGGUUUUAGGUAUAGGAGGGUUGCAAUUUUUUCGGACUAGCAUGGUAAUUGCUUCCUAGAGAUUGCGUCUUGGAGUUUCUUCUCUGUGACCAUCCGCCCGUUAGUAUUACCGUAAAAUAUUUGUACCGGUGGGUUUUGUCAGGUAGUUGUAGUGGCUGUACAGUAUUUGCAAAAAAUUCCAAUAAAAAUGAAGUAUCGGCAAAAAAAAAAUCUCUAAGUCUCGGCAAGAAAAAAUCUCCUGGGGGAAAGUGACAGCACGGCACGAGGCUUAUUCUUCUCCUUACUACUCGUUCCCACCGUGGAGAGAUCCGAUCCAAUCCAAUAGUUCGACGAUACAAUCCAGCACCAAAUCGAAGCUAACCACGCAAUCUCAGCGACUAGCAGCCGCGUCCUCCGAGCAGGGCGCCAAGGUCGCAUCUCAGGAUUCUAGGGUUUCAAUCAGUUAACUAAUCAAUAGGGCUCUGGAUUCCGGCCAUGGAGUCGCUGCCGCGCAAGCUCAACAUCGACAGAGACGAGGACAGAAUCAGCGCGCUCCCUGACGAACUACUCCUCGAAAUCAUUGAGCGCCUUGACCUGCCCGAGGCGGUCCGCACCGGCGCAGUCUCGGCGCGGUGGCAUCAUCUCCCCUACCGGCUCUCCCGCCUGCACCUCGACGUUGGCUACUUCCAAGGCGCCACGCCGUCCGAGGUCAUGGACGCGUUCACGAGCGCUGCGCAGACGCUGUUGUCUGUGGUUCCUUUGGACGAGUGCGACUGCGAAAGUGACGCCCUCAAGACCCUCAUCCUCACCUUCUACGUGUCAUCUCCUCACCUGAGCUCCAUAGGCCGCACCAUCGAGGACCUUCUGAGCUACGGAGAUACCGAAUGCCUUGAGUUUUGCAUAUUCCCGCCGCCAUCCCUGCUGCUCGCCCCACUGCUUGCUGAGUUCGGGAAGCAGUUCAUGUCCUUCUCCCGUGCCUACCCGGUUGCCUUCCAGUGUCUCACGAGGCUUACACUCAAGAACCUUGUGUUUGGACAUUCCGAUGUCACCGACCUCAUUAGUGCUUGCAAUGAGCUCAAGCACCUCACCCUGAGUUCCUGCAGACUGGUUGAUGAGCAGUCGGCAUUCAAGAUUGAUACCCCGUGCUCAGGGCUUGGGAAGCUUGACUUCAUCCGUUUUCGUUGCGAACGGAUCGAACUCAUCUCCGUCCCCAAGCUCACGACAGUGGUGUGCCGUUCUCGGCGCUAUGAGAACCCUCUGGUGCACUUCGGCGAUGUUCCCAAGCUUCGCCGAGUGAACCUCGGUUAUUAUGCCAAUGCAUGGCACGCGCCACUCAUGUUGAGCGACUGCCUUCCAAGGAGUUCCGGGAAUCUGUCGAAACUGAAACUCAAUUUUUUUUGCCAAACGAUUUGGGUUCAGCCGGAGCAGCCGAAGCAUCUGACUGCCAUAUUCAGAAACCUGGCCAAUGUCUAUCUUUCUGGUAUCUUCCCUGAGUGUGAUCUGAGCUGGACCCUGUUUAUCCUGCAAGCUGCACCUGCCCUGCAGAUCUUGUCAUUGUCUCGAGAACGGUAUGCUUGUCUCGGAGCGGUCGAGGACAGUGCCGAGAAGACCAAUGUGGUGUGGGACCCAUCCAAGAAUUUGAAGCACCUGAACUUGAAGUCGCUGCUGAUGUCCGGGUUCGAGGAGGAAGACAAGGUGACAAACUACAUAAGGCUAGUCAUGGAGCGAGCUGUGGGAUUGAAGAGAAUCGAGAUGUAUGGUGUACACCCAUGUGAGAAAUGCGAUGCCACUGACCCGACGAGAUCCCAGGUGAAUGAAGCUUGCAGGCGCCUGGUCAAGGAGCGACUCACACAUGGAUCCUCCUCAACCGUGGAGAUAUUAAUAAUGUGCUGACGGGUAUUGUCAAGGAAUGCUACGUCGUCUCAUAACGCUCGCUGCUGUUGCAGUGAUGAUUCUGCAUGUGGUGGGCCCAGUAGUUAUUUAAAUUUCUAGGUACUAAUAGCCUGAGAAUACUUGAUUGAUCUGGACCUUGCAGUGUAGCUAUAUUGUGUCUACUGCGGUGUCUGGAUGCAUCCUUUUCUUUUCAGUACUUGCCUUUUGUAUGCUGAUUUGUUCACCUGCUUGGGGCAUCGCUCUAAUUCUUCACUUCUUAGGAAACCUUGUGGUAAUAGACCCCCUUCCGAAUUUGUGUAACACUGCUGAAGCAGCUAAGGCAAUGUAAGCGAGGUUGACUGCGGCGCUGUAGAUAAUUGCAUCUUGUACUUCAUUCAAAUUCUUUUGUCGAUCUAUUUCCAGAAUGUGACUUACUUCGGGAAACCUUGUGGUA